GACGAGCUUCUGAUAUUGGCUCAUUACCUCACUGUCUAAGAGCUAUUCGAUGAAGUUGCUGGCUAAAUCCCUGUCCAAAGAUGGAGCAGGAACGAUGAAGCUUCUGCCGGAGGAGCCGACCGAUAUCUGGCACGCCUACAACCUCAUCUCGGCCGGGGAUGUGUUGAAAGCAACCACGUUCAGACGGGUAGCCAAAGACGCAAGAGGCGACGAUAAAGACUCCGCGUCUUCGUCCGCUCCCUCGCAGCGUAUCAUGCUCGAACUCGCCAUCCGCGUGCAGAAAACCGACUACGACGCCUCGGCCGCUGCUCUCCACUGCUCAGGACCGGUAGUCGAAGAAUCUCCGCAUGUCCGCCUCGGCGCCUUCCACACCAUCGACCUCGCCCUGCACCGGCCUUUUAGACUCACUAAAACCUCGCAAGCUCCAUGGGACUCGGUCGCGCUGCAGACAAUCACCGCUGCGUGCGACCCGGCAUCCAAGGCCGAGAUCGGCGCCGUCGUCUUGCAGCCUGGUCUCGCAAACAUAUGUCUGGUGACUGAGCAUAUGACGCUUUUGCGGCAGCGAGUCGAGCUCUCGAUCCCUGGAAAACGAGCAGCCGGGUCGGCCAUCGCGCAUGAUAAAGCCGUUAACCACUUUUACGACAUCACAGCCAAGGCCAUGGCGCGGAAUCUCGAUUACGAAAAACUCAAGGCGGUGAUCAUUGCCUCGCCUGGUUUUACGGGCGAGAAACUGCUGCAGCAUAUGUUUGAAGCCGCGAGCAAAGACACCGGAACUGCGUCUGAUACCGCGGCUGCGUCAAAAGUACUGCUCAGAUCGCGGAGUAAGUUCCUUGUCGUGCACUGCGCGUCCGGCCAUGUACACGCCCUCAACGAGGUCCUGCGCGCACCUGAAGUACGUGCACAGCUUGCCGACACAAAAUUCGCGCGCGAGACGGCCGCGAUUGAGAAUUUCUUUAAAGUCUUGAAUGAGUCCGCGGCGAUUGACUCCUCGGCCUCGAAGGCAUGGUACGGGCCCAAGCAGGUCACUGCGGCGGUCGAGGGAGGCGCGGUGAAGACGUUGCUGAUAUCGGACAGACUGUUUAGGAGUUAUAAUGUUGGCGAGCGGAAGAAGUAUGUUGCGCUGGUUGAGCAGGUGCGCGAGCAAGGCGGUGAGGCGUUGAUAUUCUCGAGCUUGCAUGAGAGUGGGAAGCAGCUUGAGCAGUUUACGGGGAUUGCUGCUAUUCUCAACUUCCCGAUGCCAGAGCUGGAUGAGAUAUCCGAUGACGAGGAGGAGAGUGAAGAUGAACGACGGUAACAUUAUAUUAAUUUUUGGAAAGGAACU